AUGGCGGCGGCGGGCGGCGGCGAGGGGGGCGCGGGGCCGGGCUGCGCUGCGGGGCCGGGGCCGGGGCCGGGGCCGGGGCCGGGGCCGGGGCGGGGGCUGCGCGGGCCGGGCCCGUCCGCCGGCGAGGACGCGCGGGGCCCCGCGCCCGGCCCGCUGCACCCCGAGGAGGUCGCCGCGCGGCUGCAGCGGAUGCACCGCGAGCUGAGCAACCGCAGGAAAAUCCUGGUCAAAAACUUGCCCCAGGACAGCAGCUGCCAGGAAGUUCACGAUUUAUUACAAGACUAUGAGUUAAAAUAUUGUUAUGUGGACAGAAAUAAGCGAACAGCUUUCGUAACCUUACUGAAUGGAGAGCAAGCCCAGAAUGCAAUUCAGAUGUUUCAUCAAUAUUCUUUUCGAGGAAAGGACUUAAUUGUUCAGCUCCAGCCAACAGAUGCCUUGCUGUGUAUUACCAACUUGCCCACUUCUUUCACACUAGAAGAGUUUGAAGAACUUGUUCGUGCUUAUGGAAAUAUUGAGAGAUGUUUUCUAGUCUACAGUGAAGUUACUGGCCAUUCCAAAGGCUAUGGAUUUGUGGAAUACAUGAAAAAGGACUUUGCUGCAAAGGCUAGAUUGGAGUUACUGGGUAAACAAUUGGGAGCAUCAGCUCUGUUUGCACAAUGGAUGGAUGUUAAUCUAUUGGCUGCAGAGCUCAUUCAUUCUAAGUGCCUUUGUAUAGAUAAACUCCCUAGUGACUACAGGGAUUCAGAGGAGCUGUUGCAAUUUUUUUCCAGUAUACAUAAACCUGUGUUUUGCCAGCUUGCACAGGAUGAAGGCAGUUAUGUUGGUGGCUUUGCAGUAGUUGAAUAUAACACUGCUGAGCAUGCUGAAGAGGUUCAUCAAGCAGCUGAUGGAAUGACCAUCAAAGGAAGCAAAGUCCAAGUUUCCUUCUGUGCCCCAGGAGCACCAGGGCGAAGUACAUUAGCAGCAUUGAUAGCAUCUCAACGUGUGAUGCACAGUAAUCAAAAAGGCUUACUUCCAGAGCCAAACCCUGUACAAAUUAUGAAAAGUUUAAACAAUCCUGCCAUGUUACAAGUUCUUCUUCAACCCCAGCUCUGCGGGCGAGCUGUUAAACCAGUUCUUGGAACACCUCACAGCUUGCCCCAUCUGAUGAACCCAUCCAUCUCCCCGGCGUUUUUGCAUUUGAAUAAAGCACAUCAGAGCGCAGUUAUGGGUAAUACUUCCAAUUUAUUCCUUCAGAAUCUUUCUCAUGUACCACUGGCGCAGCAACAAUUAAUGAAAUUUGAAAAUAUUCAUACUAAUAAUAAACCAGGCUUACUUGGAGAUCCCCCCGCCAUGGUACUUCACACCACAGUGGGGAUCGGGUCAGCACUUCCUUUGAAUACAGAGUUGGGUCACCAUGGAGAAGCACAUAAAACAUCUAAUCUGAUUCCAACUCAAACAACUUUAACAGCUGGCAUGGGAAUAUUGCCAUUCUUCCCAAAUCAGCACAUAGCUGGACAAGCUGGGCACGGGAAUACUCAGGAGAAACAGCCAGCCUCGGUGGGGAAGGCAGAAGGAAAUUUCUCAGGGUCACAGGCUUAUCUUCAGAGCUUUCCAAACCUUACUGUUGGAAGCUUGCUGACAGGACACCAUAAGCAACAGCAAAGUCAGCCGAGAGGCACAGAGAUAAGUUCAGGGGCUGCCUCUAAGAAUCAGACUUCACUAUUGGGAGAACCACCAAAAGAAAUACGACUCAGUAAAAAUCCAUACUUGAACUUGGCAAGUGUGUUACCCAGUGUGUGCUUAUCAUCCCCAGCAAGUAAAACCACUCUACAGAAGACUGGAAUUACAAGCAAUAUUCUGGAUGCAAUCUCUCAGGGAAAUGAAUCACAACACACAUUGGAAAAGUGCAUUUCUUAUUCUCAACCUUUUGGUGAUUAUGCACAGGUAUCAUCUUUAAGAAAUGAAAAGCGAGGCUCAUCAUAUCUCAUCUCUGCCCCAGAAGGUGGUUCCGUGGAAUUUGCCGACCAGCAUUCUCAGGGCACAGGAGCAUAUUACAUGGAAACGUACUUAAAGAAGAAGCGUGUAUACUGAGCUAAGUUCUCUCCAUAUAAUCUCAUAAGGUUUUUUGCAGUAUCUCUGCUGUUCAUCGCUGCCUUAACUACAUUCAGACUAGCCAUAUCCUUUCAAUACGGGUUUCUAAUUUCCCAGAAGGAACUGUAUUGUGCAGCAAGCAGAAUUGCCAAAUAAAAACUAAGUAGCAAUAAGACAAUUGAGGACAUUUUCCAUUAGAAUUAGAUGCAUCUUAAUUGGUAUUAACUUAUAGCCAUUGGAGAAAUUAACAAUGUUCCAAUAUUCCUUAUUUAGGACUGGGAAUAAUUUUGACACCAUAUAUAAAAGUAUGAAGCAAUAACUGGGAAACAGUCCUGUUUCCUGAGCCUUAGAAGAAUGAGUUUUUUUUAUGCCAAUGUGCAUUUCAAUCUACUUUUCCUAGAACAAAAGAGUGCAACUACAAAAUGCAGUGGUGGUAAUGUUAUAAAGAUGCUCUACAUGCAAACUAAAUAAUUACCCCCACAUCAGCUAACCCUGAAAUAUAAAACCCAGAGUGAUGUCCAAGUUCUACACAACAACAGAUGCUUUACUUUUAAUGUUAUCUACCAUUUAUACUUUUUGUGAAAAACAAGCUAUUUUUUUUUAAAGUAGCUUUAGUGAAUAAUUUCAGGGGUUGGCAGACUACACCCUGAGGUUAAGUUCAGUUCUUCACCUGUUUUUAUAUUGUCUGCAAGCUAAGAAUGAUGUUUACAUUUUUAAAUGAAGUAGAACAGAUUUGAAUUAAGUACUAUGAAAUUUAAAUUUCAGUGUCCAUAUAUAAAAUUUUAUUGGAACACAAAUAUGCUCAUUCAUUUACAUACUGUAUGUGGUUCCUGGUGUGCUGUAGUGGCUGUGCUGAGUAGCUGUAACAGAGACCAUCUGGUCUGCAAAGCCUAAAAUAUUUACUCUCUGGCCCUUGAUGGGGGAAUGUGUGCUGACCCUGCUCUAGGAGCACUAAUUCCCUAAUCCUUUAACUUCUGCAACAGGCUAGUGGGUGGCAAGUGAUGUCGGUUUCUGAGUCUGAUUUUAUGGCAUAAACUAGUGAUGAACAAGGCCUGUUUUGAUCCUUGAAUGUCCUAUUUCCACCAUACAGUCUAUACUGCUCUUUCUGAAGGAACAUUAUGAAGUAAGAGUGUAACAACUCGGAGCUAGUAAGUUAUACCUCACUUUCUGCUUUGUCUCUUAGUCUUGUGUAGUGUUAGGCUGAAAAAUUAUCUCAGCUGUUUAACUCAAUUUGGCAAGAAUUGCAUUCAUUGCAUAUUACUUUUGACAUCACCAUUUCCUGAAGACUUUGGUAUUAAACACGAGUAAUCCUUUGCCAUCUAGAAAUUUUCAAGUUUAUUCCUCAUUACGAAUCUCAAUGAUCCUAGUGUUUUUGAAAUCAGAUAAUUAAAUCUAAUUCAGGAAACUUAUUUUUGACUCUUACCUAAAGCAGUUGGCCUAUUUCAUAUGUUAUUAACUUCUAAAGUGACAAAGUUAACUUCUAAGGACUAGCAUCACUCAGUUAUGACUCAGCAGAUGAAUAAUGGUUUCUCCAUGUUCUGCACUUUUCCUUUCCAUUUCCUAUUGCAUUGAAAAUCUUCAAUGCUUAGUCACACCUUUCUGAUAAUAUAAACAGAAGAUGGUGAGUUUUAAAUCAGAGCUGAAAAAUGAAACAGGAAGAGGUUGAAAAAACCAAGAUAUUUUGGAUUAUAACACAUGUGGACCUGCCAUCUGUAUGGGCUUGUGCCCAUUAUCAUUGGACAGAAUAGAUAAGUACAAAUCAAAUGGCGUUUGUAAUAAGGACUAUUACCAAACUCCCCCUGCAAAGUCUAUACUGUUAUUUUUCUAUGUAAACAAAUUGUUUGAAUGCUUUGAAAAUGAAAUCUUAAUAUUAAAAGGCAUAUGCAUGUGAA